AUGGAUCAGACAGAGGUUCUGAAUAAUUUUCUCUCGUCUAUUGGCGAGGAGGUGGAAGAUGCUGAAGAGGAAUCCUUCCUCCUAUUCUCAAGAGACAUCCCCUCCGCGAACCUAGGCUUCGUCGACUCCCGCGCAACAACCGUCGACGUGACCAUCCACGGUCAAGACUACUCGAUCAGCCAGUCUCCCACCCUCCUCUCCUCAUCUCGAGCAGGAGGAACAACAGGCGCAGUGCUGUGGAAAAUCACCCCUGCCUUCGCAGAAUGGAUAUCAGACGCUCAAUCAAACCCUCUCUGGAAACACUCUCUCCUGGCCUCCUCCUCGACAGUCGUUGAGCUCGGCUGCGGCAUCUCAGGCCUGAUAGCGCUCGCUCUUGGCCCGUCAAUACGGCACUACGUCGCAACAGACCAGGAAUACGUCCACCGACUUCUCCGCGAGAACCUCGAAAAUAACAAGUCCGCUGCAGCAUCAACCACCGCAAAGCCCCAGCCCAAGGGGAAGAGCAAGAAGCGGGCGACGGGACAGCAGAAACCGCUGCGCAAGCAAGACGGGCCAGGGUCGUCCAAUAUCACCUUUGCCGCGCUGGAUUGGGAACUGGAUGUUCCGGCGUCGUUGAAGGAUAGUAUCGGGCUCUCUGGGAACGAUGACCAUGACGGCGAGGAAGGAGACGAUAAAGGGUUCGACCUCCUCUUAUCGUGCGAUUGUAUCUACAAUGAGGCGCUUGUUGCCCCGUUUGUGCGCACGUGCGCGGAUUUCUGUCGAUUGAGGCCGGUUCACACGGCCGGGCAAAGGGCGAGCCGGCCCCCGACGAUCUGCAUUAUUGCGCAGCAGCAGCGGUCUCCGGAUGUCUUCGAGGCGUGGCUGCAGGAGACCCUGAGUGUGUUUCGCGUGUGGCGGCUGAGUGAUGAGGCGCUGGGUGAAGGCCUCAGAUCGGGGACAGGCUAUGUUGUGCAUCUUUUACUGUUGAGAGAUGCUACGUAG